CAACAUAAUUUAAUUUCAAAACAUUCAUGAUUUAUACAUGUUGGUGGGUAGGUGUUUUAUUGUGUUAGCAUAACAAAGCUCAUAAUGUAUUAUACAUUUUGAAACGAUGAUGCACCAAAGUGCUGCCAAUAUUUUGUACAUGUGUAUGGAUGCGCCCACAAAGUUACCAAUUCACCAGCUGGAAACAUCAAAACCUUUGUCACUUUGCCUCAAUUUCCUUUUUCCCUUUAUAAACAACAAACAGAGCACCCUCACUCGCAUCAUCAUAUCACUCUACUCCAUCUACAAAUUCAAAAUUUUGUCUUCUCUUUUCUCUCUACUUCACUUCUCAACUCAAAACCCAACCAAAUGACUUCUCGUUCCCCCAUGUUGCUGCUCCUCCUCGUUACACUCUUCAUUUCACAUUCUUCAUCUCAAAUGCUACUAUUACCCCUAACACACUCACUUUCCAAAACCCAAUUCAACACCACCCACAACCUCCUCAAAUCCAUCUCUACUCGUUCUAUAUCACGCUUCCACCACUACAAACAUCGCCAUCAACUCUCUCUCCCACUCUCUCCAGGAUCCGACUACACUCUCUCUUUCAACAUUGGUCCCCACUCUCAACCCAUCACUCUCUACAUGGACACAGGAAGCGACCUUGUCUGGUUCCCCUGCACCCCUUUUAACUGCAUACUCUGUGAACUCAAACCCAACCCUUAUUCUUCAUCUCCCCUCACCAACAUCUCCCACAGUGUUCCCGUUUCAUGCAGCUCUAAAGCAUGCUCUGCAGCACACAGUUCCAUCUCUUCUUCCGAUCUCUGCGCAAUGGCUCGUUGCCCUUUAGAUUACAUUGAAACAAAAGACUGCGGUUCUUUUCACUGUCCACCGUUUUACUAUGCAUACGGCGACGGAAGCUUGAUCGCUCGUCUCUAUCGUGAUACACUUUCUCUUUCUUCACUGCAACUCAGAAACUUCACAUUCGGUUGUGCUCAUACCACGUUUGCAGAACCAACCGGCGUUGCAGGGUUUGGCCGUGGCUUGCUCUCUCUCCCAGCUCAGUUAGCUAAGCAUUCUCCUCAACUUGGAAACCGUUUCUCUUAUUGUUUGGCUUCUCAUUCUUUUCGUCGUGAACGGGUUCAAAAACUGAGUCCACUCAUUCUGGGUCGUUACGAUGAUGAAAAACAGAGGAAUGGUGGUGAAGCUGUUGAGUUUGUUUAUACUUCAAUGCUUGAGAAUCCAAAGUAUCCUUAUUUUUACUGCGUUGGUUUGAAAGGAAUUUCCGUAGGGAAAAAGACCGUUCCCGCGCCGGGGAUUUUACGGAGGGUGAAUAAGAGAGGUGACGGCGGUGUAGUUGUGGAUUCUGGUACGACGUUUACGAUGCUGCCGGCGGGGUUUUAUAACUCGGUGGUGGUGGAGUUUGACCGCCGUGUCAGGCGAGUUAACCCACGGGCCCGUGAGAUUGAGAUGAAAACGGGGCUUUCGCCAUGUUACCAUUUGAACGCGGCGGCGGAAGUGCCGUCGUUGAAACUGCGUUUUGUUGGGGUGAAUUCAAGUGUGGUGCUGCCUAGGAAGAAUUACUUAUAUGAGUUUUUGGACGGUGGAAAUGGGUUGAAGAAGAAGAGCAGAGUAGGUUGUUUGAUGUUGAUGAACGGUGGAGAUGAUUUUGAGGAUAGUGGUGGGCCCGGGGCGAUCCUUGGGAAUUAUCAACAGCAGGGAUUUGAAGUUGAGUAUGAUCUUGAAAACAAGCGCGUGGGUUUCGCUAGGAGAAAGUGCGCGUCGCUUUGGGAUCGACUCAAUCGCGACAAAAACUAGCGUGUACAUAGUUUCCUGCACAGUGCAAUUGGAUUCAUUCCCCAAUUUCAGCCACGGGUCGGUUUUAUCGGCAAACUGGAAUAAAGCGGGUUAUGAUUCAUACACUGAAUCUUGUAUAUAUUUUAUUUUAUAUAGUAAUAAUUUAGAAUUUAUGCUUGUAUGUACUUCAAUUGUGAUAGGAAAAAUCAGUUUAUGGUGCA